CCGCCAGCCGGCUCGUUCACGCCUCGGCCCCGCGUCGGCCCGGCCAGGCCCUGCCCAGGGCUCGCCGCCAUGGAGAGGAUCGAGGGGGCGGCCGUGAGCCGCUGCGCCGACUCGCCUUACCUGCGGCCGCUCACGCUGCACUACCGCCAGAAUGGCACCCAGAAGUCGUGGGACUUCAUGAAGACGCAUGACAGCGUGGCCAUCCUCAUAUUCAACUCGUCCAGGAGGUGCCUGGUGUUGGUGAAGCAGUUCCGGCCGGCUGUGUACGCAGGCGAGGUGGAACGCCGCUUCCCAGGGUCCCUGGCAGCCAUAGACCAGGACGCGCCCAAGGGGCUGCUGCCCCCUCUGCCCGGCUCUGUGGGGGUGACGUACGAGCUGUGUGCAGGCCUUGUGGACCAGUCGGGGCUGUCGCUGGAGGAGGUGGCCUGCAAGGAAGCCUGGGAGGAGUGCGGCUACCGGCUGGCCCCCUCUGACCUGCGCCGAGUUGCCGUGUACAAGUCUGGUGUGGGGCUGACCAGCUCCAACCAGACCAUGUUCUACACGGAGGUGACCGACGCCCAGCGUGGUGGCCCAGGUGGGGGCCUGGUGGAAGAAGGUGAGCUUAUAGAGGUCGUGCACCUGCCCCUGGACGGCGCCCAGGCCUUUGCGGACGACCCAGAUGUCUCUAAGACCCUUGGCGUCAUCUUUGGUAUCUUCUGGUUCCUCAGCCGUGUGGCACCUGGCCUGGGGGCCCAGUGAGACUCCAGGGGUUGCUGUCCUGCAGACCCAAUAAAGGCCAUGCAGCCCCAGCCUCUGACCACUGGCCUGAGCUCUGUGACUUGGUGGGGGAGAUGUCGGGGGGAUGGGCAACAGCGAGUCUUUCUGAGAUAUGCUGGGGGAGUGACAGGAUCUCCUUGAAAACCCCCCAGCUCCAUGGAGCAGAAGCUUUAGGACAGCUGGCGGAGGGAGCAGGUCUUGCUGGGGCAGCCCGGGGAGAACUGGGGACCGGUCUUGGGAUUGCAGCUGGAGGCAGGGGCAGCUGGGCCUCCUUUUGGGGCAGGGAGAGGCAGGGACUGUGGCUCGGCCAGGCCAGGUGCCCAAGGAGGGCCCGCUGGUCACUGGACCACAGAAUGAGCUGUGGCCACGGAGCAGUGGCUGAGCCAGCUAACGGGAAGGGAGGGAUGCUGGGAGGUGAGGACAGAAAUUCAGGCCACAUGUUCCACCCACCUUGGCUGGGGCUGAGUAGCCCCUCCCUGCCCCCUGGAUCUCCCAAGGGGGUUGAGAUGGGCCCCACUCCACUGGCAGAAAUGUCUUGGCAGGUGUGUUUUGAGAGGAGAGGCCAUGGCAGUGCAAGUUCCAGGGCCAGGGUGGGGGUUCCAAAGAGUGUCCCCUUGAUGGCAGGGAUCUUGGUGACAGCCCAGGCCAUGGCCCAGGUGCUCUCCUGAUUCCCUGGCCAGCCCAGGGCUGUGGGCAGGGACUAUUGGGCCCCAGCACCAGGGUUCCCUGGCCUGUGUGCACCACAACCCUGCUCCCUGACCUCUCUAGAGGCUGGGGCUGUCUGCACGACCCUCGGGCACUUGGGGUCCCAGGAGACCCUGGUGCCAGAUGCACAGGCAGGGCCAUAGGUGUCCGAGCGGGUGGAUUGGCCCACUCGAGUAGCACCACCUGUAUGCAAAUGCCGGCUGGGACCCAGGUGGGGCCUUCUGGGAGCCCAGCCAGGAGAGGGACAUGAAUGCU